AUGGGGAUCGAGCGCCCCACAGACGUCGAGCCGUCGCCCUUGCCCAUGGAGACGCAGCGCGGCGACCAACAUGACGAUGUCCCAUCCGCUUUCCUCCGAAAUUCGAGCGAUCCAGCUGCGGCCGCGCCGGCGUCUCAGAGGAUCGCCAACAUCGGGGACAAUGCCCAGGAGGACAGCCCGGCCCCACCCAAAAGGACGGGCCGCAAGGACAAGGGUCGAGCGCCAGUCGAUGCCCAUCUCACGCUUGGAGCUCAGCGUGGCAGGAAUGAGAUCACGGACAAGUCCUUAGUGGACACCAACAUGUAUCAGCCCCAUUUCUCAGCGCAGCGGCGCGAGUGGAAUGACAUCGUGCGCGCUGGCGAGAAGCCAUUGCACGUCAAGAGCGACGGUACCUGGAGGAUCGCCAAGGCACGGUUGGCGGCCCAGUUCGCCGUCCCCGAUUUGCUCGAGUUGGAGAAGAAG